GGGCACCUGGAGAAGGCGGUGGUUCUGGAGCUUACCUUGAAGCACGUGAAGGCGCUGACCAACCUCAUUGAGCAGCAGCAGCAGAAGAUAAUUGCCCUGCAGAACGGCUUACAAGCCGGUGACCUGUCAUCAAGAAACCUCGAUUCCAGCCAGGAAAUGUUUCGAUCCGGUUUCCAGAUGUGCGCCAAGGAGAUGCUGCAAUACCUGGCAAAGCACGAGAACGGCAAGGACCUGAAGUCUUCUCAGCUGGUCGGCCAUCUGCACCGAAUGGCCUCCGAGGUGCUCCAGGGCGGAGCCGGCCGAAAAGCCGCAGACAUCCCUCCGAAAACAGUGGACUCGAAGGAGAAGUCUGGCUCCUUGACCAGAGCGGCCGAGGGACAUGGCAAAAACUGCGUGCCGGUGAUACAGAGGACAUUCGCUCCUUCCAGCGGCGAGCAGAGCGGCAGCGACACCGACACAGACAGCGGCUAUGGGGGAGAGCUGGAGAAAAGUGACUCCAAAUCCGAGCAGCAGUAUUUAAAAAAGGAUACGGAACUCAAAUAUACUGUCCAGGAGAGAAUAAGCUCUAUUAAGCAAGAGACUGAGGACCCACCAGCCAAAAGGACCAGGAUGGAAACUUCCGAAGACGAAGGCCCUUUUAGCAGUGACGUGAUGGGCUCUGCAAGUAGCUUUCUGGGCCCUCACGCGCACCAGCCUCCUUUGUGCCUGCCUUUCUAUUUGAUCCCGCCGUCUGCCACAGCCUAUCUGCCGAUGCUGGAGAAGUGCUGGUACCCGGCGUCCGUUCCCGUUUUGUACCCCAGUCUCCCGGCCUCCGCUGCAGCACUUACAGGGUUUAUGAACCCCGAUAAAAUCUCCCCGCCUCUGCUGAGGCCCCAGAGGCUCCCGUCGCCGGUACCAGCCCACUCCCCUAUCGACUCCUCAGCGCUGCUUCAGGCUCUGAAGCAGAUCCCUCCUUUGAACUUGGAAACCAAAGACUAAGCGCAGUGUGACUUCUUCCUUUUUUUUUUUUUUUUAAAGUUUGAGACUGUUUCACCUUUAUAUAUUGGCUGGACUAAGGUGUGGGGAUAAGGUUCACAGCGCAUAGGAAGCUAAAUCCCCUUUUCUCUGACUUGUCGGGUAGCUCGGAGGAGGAUGAAGGAUGCACCUAGGUUAGCUCUUCAGAAGUAUUUCCAAAAGGAAAAACAAAACAACAACCAAAAAAAAAAA